AUGAAAGAGCUUAAAUUGACCCAGUAUGAAGUUGUGGCAGCGAAACUCCUCCAUGAUCUCAAGGAGCACAUAAAUAAUAUCCUAAAGGAACUCCCCAAGCAACUAACUGAUGAGGAAAAAACACCGUUUGGGGAGGCCAUAGAAGCAGCUCUCUCCACAAAAGAAACGUUAAGGGGUCCAGAUUACCAUCCUUGUUGUAUCGUUCUUGCACUUCACCUUGGAAGCAACUGCCAUCUAACUAUAAAAAGGUUACUGUACAGUCUUGCAGAACUCUGUGAAUUGUUGUACACUCCUUCAGACAAAUGCACCCCCCGGCAUAGUAUGUGA